ACAAUCAAUUACCGUACCAUACCAGUCUAUACCGUGUGAUGAGAAAAACCGGUGUACCGUAAAACAAAAAAACAGGUACACACUAGAUGAACGCACAAACACUCCACAGUCUAUGCAGAUCAGAGUGCGAACACGAGGAAACAAUACACACAUGACACACACCAGACAUUUUUCAAGCCCCAUCCGCCAGAAGCUUUAGAAAAAGUUGUAAAACACGUCACUCAUGAAAUAAAACUAACAGCCAAUAAGCUAAGACAGCCGUCCAGGUCCUGGAAGUUAAGUUGAAAAAUUAAUUUUUCCCUCCUCUGCUGCCCGGAUAUUUACAUCCAUUUCAAGAUGUCCGCCGCGAUUGCUGCGCUUGCCUCGUAUGGUAGUGAUUCGGAACCUGAAUCUGACAACGAGGCCCGAACCGAUGCCGACCCAAACGCUACUGUUCAUCUUCGGCCGCCUGCUGCCGGGGGCAACAUGAAGUUGGUACUCAACUCCGCGCCAGAUGUGGCCGUGAAGGAAGAUGUGGAGACUGGACUGCACCUUGAUCCUUCAGUUAAAGAAGUCAUGUAUAACCCCAACUUUGAAACAAUGUUUUCUCCUGAGUUUGGCCCAAUAAAUCCUUUUAAGACUCAGCAAAUGGCUGCUCAUAGAAACAUGUUGUCUGGUUAUGCAGAACCUGCGCAUGUUAGUGACUUUAUGUUUGAGCAGCAGAGGAGAACAUUUUCUACAUUUGGAUAUGCACUAGAUCCAUCUAUUGAUAACAGUGAACCAGUCUCAACAACUUAUAUUGGUGCCAUAGAAAAAGCAGAAAAGAACAAAGGUCUGACUGUUUUUGAAACAGCAACAAAAAAGACUGAAAAGAGAAGGAAAAUAAAAGGUGGAGAUGCUUCUGACAUUGAUGGUUUUCUGGGACCUUGGGCAAAGUAUAUAGAUGAAAAGGAGGUAGCAAAGCCAUCGGAAGAAGAACAAAAAGAGCUUGAUGAAAUCAAUGCAAAGCGACAAAAAAGAGGUAAACAUGAAGAGGAUGCUCCUGCGGAUGAGAAAACAAUUCUCCAUGUCAAAGAGAUGUAUGACUACCAAGGGAGAUCCUAUCUGCACAUUCCUCAAGAUGUUGGAGUUAAUUUGCGUUCCUCCAAUGUACCAGAAAAGUGCUACCUUCCCAAGAAACAGAUCCACAUUUGGUCUGGUCAUACAAAGGGUGUUAGUGCAAUCAGGCUUUUCCCAGUUUCAGGACAUUUACUGCUAUCCUGCUCAAUGGACUGUAAGAUUAAGCUCUGGGAAGUUUAUAACGAACGAAGGUGUUUACGAACAUUUGUUGGUCAUAGCAAGGCUGUUCGCGACAUCUGUUUUAAUAAUGCAGGCACACAGUUCCUCAGUGCUGCUUAUGACAGAUACUUAAAGCUAUGGGACACAGAAACAGGGCAAUGCAUCUCAAGGUUUACAAACAGAAAGGUACCAUACUGUGUUAAAUUUAAUCCUGAUGAGGACAAGCAAAACCUUCUUGUUGCUGGAAUGUCUGAUAAGAAAAUUGUGCAGUGGGACAUUCGAUCUGGUGAAGUGGUGCAGGAAUAUGAUAGACACCUGGGGGCUGUCAACACCAUUACAUUUGUGGACGAAAAUCGGCGCUUUGUUAGUACGUCAGAUGACAAGAGUCUUCGUGUCUGGGAAUGGGACAUUCCAGUUGAUUUCAAAUACAUUGCAGAGCCAAGUAUGCAUUCCAUGCCUGCAGUGACGCUGUCUCCAAAUGGUAAAUGGUUAGCUUGUCAAUCUAUGGACAAUCAGAUUCUCAUAUUUGGUGCACAGAACAGAUUUCGAUUAAAUAAAAAGAAAAUCUUCAAAGGUCACAUGGUUGCUGGCUAUGCAUGUCAAGUUGAUUUUUCACCAGAUAUGAGUUACGUAGUUUCAGGAGAUGCCGAUGGGAAACUUAACAUUUGGGAUUGGAAAACAACAAAACUUUAUCACCGAAUUAAAGCCCAUGACAAAGUGUGCAUUAGUGCCCUCUGGCAUCCACACGAAACUUCAAAGGUGAUCACUUGUGGCUGGGACGGCCAGAUCAAGCUUUGGGACUAACGGAUUUACUGAACCCGCUUUAUGGACAGCGUGAGGAGCUGGGGUUGGAGUCGGAAAUGCUCUGCCUUUGUUGGUGAAUGUUCACACUCGAUCUAACUAUGACGUGCCAGGGAAAUGCAAGGAGAAAAACUAUGGUGGGCAACCGUUGUAUUUUUUUAAUUAAAAUGCUGAAAAGGAAUUGACCAUUUGUGCUUAGUUAAUUAUGUAUUGCUGUUCAGAUUCAUAUCAUUUCGAUGUUCUCAGUGAGCUUUUUAUUUAUUUAGGAUUCAGGUAUGUAUGGAGCUUUAAAAAAAUGUCAUCAGUUGGAAUUUUCUAAGGAAGUUUGUUCUUGCUUCCUCUUAGCGUUAAGUUAUUGUAUAAGAUUUUAAAAAUGAUUGUGAUAAAUAAAUUGUAAACCAUU